AUGAUUCCAGAAGAAAAGAGAGCUAAAUGUGUUCAAAAUCAUGUCAUUGAUGGCAGUGUCAAAGAACGAGUUCAUGGUAUUCAGUGGAAUGUGGCAAAUGGUGAGUUUGGGUUCAAGAUUAAUAUUACUGACAAACCAAAUACCAGGAGAGGUAUACUUUCAAUUGUAGCAUCUGUUUUUGCCCCACUUGGUAUAGCGGCUCCAAUAACGCUACUUGCCAAGUUACUGUUGCAAGAACUUUGCAAGCAAAAUUUGGGAUGGGAUCAGGAAAUUGCAGUUGAUGAUGCUGUUAAAUGGCGAAACUGGCUACAUCAACUGCAAAGCUCAGAACAGGUGAAGAUACAGCGAUGCUAUCAGCCAUUUGAUUUUGGAAAAGUUGUUUCCUAUGAACUACAUCACUUAGCUGAUGGAUCAGAAUUAGCAUAUGAAGCUGUUUCAUAUCUACGAAUAAUCGAUAAAAAUGGCCAAAUUCAUGUGGCAUUUUUGGUUGGAAAGGCAAGACUUGCUCCAUGUUCUCGUGUAACUAUACCCAGACUUGAAUUAACAGCUGCAGUUUUCGCUGUAAAGUUGAAUCUUGUCCUAAGGAAAAAACUGAAGAUGAAUGAAUGCAGUUCAACUUUCUGGACUGAUUCCACAGCCGUACUUCAAAGUAUAAGAAAUUCGAAGAAACGAUUCUCCACAUUUGUUGCUAAUCGUUUAGCAAAAAUUGAUAGAAAUACUGAUGUAUCACAGUGGCGCCAUGUUCCAACGAAGAUGAAUCAAGCUGAUGAUGCUUCGCGUGGUCUUAGAGUUGAUGCAUAUUUAAAGUCAGGACGAUGGAUCAAUGGGCUUGAGUUUUUGCGUCUUUCUGAAGACAAGUGGCCAAAUAUGCCGGACUGUUUUCCUGAUCUACCGUCUGAAUUUUGUCCAAAGCCGGUUCCAGAAACAAAGUCGGCAUUUGUAAUAAAGGAAGAGUCUUCUGUCAUGGACAAGUUCAUAGGAUUCUUUUCUACAUUCUGCCGUAUAUCAGCAGGAUAUAUUUGA